AAUUCAGUUCGUCAAAGUCGGAGUCGUGCGUUUGUUUGAAAUAAAAUGACUGGCCGUGGUAAAGGAGGAAAAGGUUUGGGAAAAGGAGGAGCAAAGCGUCAUCGCAAGGUGCUUCGUGAUAACAUCCAGGGAAUUACGAAGCCAGCUAUCCGACGCCUCGCUCGUCGUGGUGGAGUAAAGCGUAUUUCCGGAUUAAUUUAUGAAGAGACCCGUGGCGUGCUGAAAGUUUUCCUGGAAAACGUUAUUCGUGACGCCGUAACUUACACCGAACACGCCAAGAGGAAAACCGUCACUGCUAUGGAUGUUGUGUACGCCUUGAAGCGACAGGGACGCACUCUGUACGGAUUCGGUGGUUAAUUUAUAGACGGAGCAUCAUCUAGUAAUCGGAAAACUCGUUUACGGCAAACAACGGCCCUUUUCAGGGCCA